CCUCCUCGCCGCGUGCAUCGCCGUGCCUAUAUUUAUACUCUCUGUCACUGCACUGUGCUGCCUCUCUGACACAUACAUUCACUCUCAAACCUCACUAGAAGUAGAAGUCAGUCAGUGGCUUAUGAGUACUGAGAAGCCACUAUUGUGUGUGAGAUAAGCCUAGUUGUGGUGUUUGGGUUAGGCUUAAGAGUUUCAGUGUACAAUGUUUGAUUGACAACUCCAGUAUCCAGUUAGAUUUCAAACAUUUCAAGUAAGCUAGAUCAUUAGUUACUGUGAUUGCUGUUAGAUUAACAGAUUAAAAUGUGGAUGCCACUGUUGAGCUGUGUAUUGCUACUAUGUGCAAUCAAUUCAGCAUACUCUGCACGUAUUCUUGCAAUACUACCCCUUCCUAGCAAAUCUCAUUUUAUCUCCAAUCAGGCUGUGCUAGCUGCCCUGGCUGCCAGAGGACAUCAUGUGACAGUCUACAGUAUGUUCACUCCUUCUCAGCCAGUAGCCAAUAUGAAACAUAUAGAGCUGCGAAGUACCUUUUUGGCUGACAUGAAGAAGACAUGGACAUUUGAGAAAUUUACAGACAUGGUGAAACAAGACUCAUAUAUCAAGUGCGGUGCUUUAACAAUAUGGCAGUUAUCAUCCAUGCUAUGUACAGAUUUUCUGAACCAAAAGGAAAUAAAAACUCUUAUAGCAUCAAAAGAAAAAUUUGAUUUAGUCAUGACUGAGGCUCUAUUUGGACAAGAAUCAAUGUUAGCUUUUGGUCACAUUUUCAAUGCUCCAGUCAUAAAUCUGAAUGGCUUUGGGGCUUGGAGUAUAGUAAAUAGAGUUCAUGGAAAUCCUCUUCAACUGGCAACUGCUCCUGACAUUGUUUCAUACCCAUUCAAAAAUGAGAUGAAUUUUGUAGAUAGAUUCAAAAAUGUUGUAACAACCACAAUGACUCUCUUGUAUUACCAUUUCAUUCACCUUCCAAAGCAACAAGAGAUCAUAAAAGAUACUUUUAAGAUGUCAACUAUCCCUCCUAUUGAGAAGAUGCUACAGAACCUGUCUCUAACCAUCGCCAACUUUCACCACUUGGUCAGUUGUCCAAGAAGCUAUACUGGGAAUAUCAUUCCAGUAGGAGGCAUUCAUAUUCCACAACAACUACCUCCAAUUCCUAAGGACAUUAAGGAGUUCCUAGACAGUGGGAAGAAAUCAGUAAUUCUAUUCAGUCUGGGUACUGUGGUCCCUGUCCAUCUUAUGCCAUCUGAGUACAUUCAAAUGUUUAUUAAUGUAUUCAGGAAACUGCCAUAUAAGAUAUUGUGGAAGACUGAAGCAGAAGGUGUAACUGAUCUGCCAAAAAAUGUGAUGAUAACAAAAUGGUUGCCUCAGCAGAGUGUUUUGGCACAUCCGAACUGUGUCCUGUUCAUAACACAUGGAGGGUUGAUGAGUCAGCUGGAGGUAUUCCAUAUGGGAGUGCCUGUGGUAGCCAUUCCUUUCUUCGGUGACCAACCAUUCAAUGUGGGACUUUAUGAACAUUUCGGUGUUGGUGUCAAGCUGGACUUCAACUCUUUAACUGAAGACUCUCUGAACAAGGCUGUAUUGAGUGUUGUAGGCAAACCUCAGUACAUAGAGAAUGCUAAAAAGGUUUCUCAACUAUUCAGGCACCUUCCGAUGUCUGCAAAUGACACAGCAGUUUUCUGGACCGAGUAUGUCCUGAGAUAUGGAGGUGCGCAACAUCUAACUCCUCACGCAGCACAGAUGCCAUGGUACCAGCUGGCUCUGAUAGACGUUGCUGCAGUCAUUCUUGCUGUUGUCUUUGUAUUUCUGUACAUACUUAAAAAAGUAUUUAGCUUGUUAGGGUAUUUAUGUUGUAGUAAAAAAACAGCCCCAAAUAAUAAAAAGGCUGUUUCCUCAAAGAAGAAAAAUAAUUAAAAUAUUAAAAGUAUAUUAAUAUAGCAAGUAAGAGAUUCUAGGGUUAUAAAAUUGAAUUUUUGUACUGUAACUUAGCAUAAGAAUAAUCAUACCGGUCCUAAUCUUGUUUAUGUAAAAUAUGCAUUAACAAGCUCGGUCACUAUUUCAAAACUAUGUUAUAAGGUAACCUUCAUGAAAAUGUCACUGACACUGAAAUCACUGAAACGUAAUAUAGUUUAUUUUAUUUAUUGGUUGAAUAUUUAGUGAGCCAAGUACACAUGAAUAGAUGUCAUGUAUAAAAUAGCGUUAAGAGCCAACAUUGUGCAUAGAUGCAACCUUACAUAUAAUUAAGAAAAUAUUUUUAAGCACCUUCUACAUGCUAUCAAUAUUUAUAAAAACAUAAAUUACCAUGUAAUAAACAGGUGACAAGAGUCAUGCCUAUUGCGACUUCUGUAAUUGGUCACUUACUCAUUGUCUGCUAGGGAGACAAUGAGAUCUAUCCUUGCACACUCAAUCUCAUCUUCUAUUGGCAAUCACAGUGGAGUCACUAUGAUUUGGUUUUGGGGGGAUGAAUAUGAUUGAACAACACAUUACACUGGGGGGUGUGGAAUAGAUCUAAUUUUCAAUUAAUUAGAUAAGUAUAAUUCAAGGUAAUAGUUUUAACUGCUGUAUUUCAGACAAGUUUAGUUCUAUUCACCUCACGUUCCCCCCUCCCUAAUACUUAUGCCACUGGGUAGUCACAUCCACGAUCAUUUUGUUAUAGCGACAUUGUCCGUUUCCAAUUUUACUGCUUUGCAUUGAACUUUAAUUCUGUGAUAGGUCUUUUUGUUGAUUUAGUAUUAUUCCUACUAAAUUAUUUUGAGUAAAAUGUGAAUUAUAUUGUAUUUGUAUACAUAAUUUAAUAAAAUUUAUACAUUUUCCAAUUUUACUUUGAGUAAAGGUUUUAAUUAAAAAAAAAUAUUUUGUAAAAAUAUUUUUAUUGUUAAUGUGUUUGUUAGUUUAACAACUAAAAGUAAAUUAAAAAGAAAUUAACUUAGCAAAUUUUUAGCUGAAAGUUUAUAAAUACAUUGUUUAGCAAACAUUAAAAAAAAGUGGAACUGCAUUUCUGAGAAAAAACUUAUUUCACAAAAUUCGGCAAUGUGUGAAAGUCAUACUCAUUAGUUUUCAGCGAUAACAAUCUUACAAAAUUAGUCUGUAACCGUUUCUGGAGUUCAUGUUCAUACUUAUUAUGUUAUAUUUUAGAAUAUGCUGUGAUGUGAAAUGAUUUAAAUAUUAUGAUCGAUAGAAGGGUGUAUACGUAUUUUAUUACAGUUUGAUAGCUCAAUACUAUACCAAAUACAGGUGGUAUUUACACCAAAUCUUUAUGUACUAAAGACUUUAGCUAUAUGUCUAAUGAUGAGUUGUUGUUAUAUUAAAAUAUUGAUUUGUAACAUCUGUAUUAAUUUUUAAAUUUAAAAUUAAUAAAUUAUAUUGGUAUGUUU